AAGUCUGUGAGCAUGUGGGGCCGUUUAAAGAGAUGCACCGAGCAGACGGCACAGACUUUCUCCAUUGACGAAUCAUCGAGAUGAAGAGCAGCGCCAAUCCGGCACCAUGCGCUCCAGGCUCCCACGGACCGCCUGCCUACUGCGACUCAUUGCACUCUGCAUCCUUCUCUCGCAAACUGCAGCUUAUUUUGGACUGACAGGUCGGGAGCCCUUGGUGUUCUUACCGGGUCCGUUCUCCAAUGACCCUCCGACAGGUAAAGCGCACCUGAAGCAGUGCGAGCAGAUGACUCUGACCCGGCGGCAGAAGAGGCUGUGUCGCAGGGAGCCCGGUUUGGCCGAGACGCUGCGGGAAUCUGUGCGCCUCAGUCUACUGGAGUGUCGUUAUCAGUUCAGGAAUGAGCGCUGGAACUGCAGCCUGGACGGCCGGGGAAGCCUUCUGAAAAGAGCAUUCAAGGAGACUGCCUUCCUGCUGGCAGUGUCCUCCGCAGCGCUGACCCAUGCACUGGCCAAAGCGUGCAGCUCAGGCCGCAUGGAGCGGUGCACAUGCGACGAAUCCCCCGGGAUCCAGCAUCGAGAAGCGUGGCAGUGGGGGGUCUGCGGUGACAACCUGAAAUACAGUACCAAGUUCCUCAAGAAGUUCCUCGGCCAGAAGAGGGUCAGCAAGGACCUGAGGGCUCAGAUUGAUGCCCACAACAUCAACGUGGGAAUUCGGGCAGUGAAGAGCGCACUGAAAACAACCUGCAAGUGUCAUGGAGUCUCCGGCUCCUGUGCCGUACGGACUUGCUGGAAGCAGCUGUCUCCUUUCCAUGACACCGGGCGGCUGCUGAAGUAUCGCUACGACACCGCCGUGCGAGUGCUGAGCGUGACCAACGCGGCGACCGGGGAGACAGAGCUCGCAGGCCCCCGUCGCCACGGCCAGAGCCUCCGCACCACCGACCUCGUCUACCUGGAGGACUCCCCUAGCUUCUGCAGGCCGUCCCGCUACUCCCCGGGCACAGGCGGCCGGACGUGCGCCAAAGACACCAGCUGCCAGAGUCUGUGCUGCGGACGAGGUUACAACACGGCCAUGCGCCUCACCAGCCUGUCUUGCCACUGCCAGGUCCGUUGGUGCUGCCAUGUGGAGUGUCAGACGUGUGUGAGAGAGGAGGAGGUGUACACCUGCAAGAACGCAUAACUAAUGAGAGACAAUGAGGAGAAAGGAGGCAAACACUUAAAUAAAUAACAUGUGGACACGACUGAACUCCUAGCUCCUACAGACAAUCCACAGAGGGAUCUCCAUCAAAGCAUGUCUUUGCAAACUCAUAUUUUUUUUAUAUGGGGAGGAAUAUACACAUGUAUCAUUAGAAUAUUACAGGAUACUUGCUAAACAUCACCUGCUCAUACGCAGCAGCUUUACUGUAGGUGAGAAUGUUGUGAACUCCUCUGCUUCUCCCGCUGGAUGCACUGAAAUGCCGCUCCUCUAGGACAGAGGGAAAUGAGCUCUUAAACAGGUACUGGACUGGACGUAACCAGCAGUGAGACAACAAACAGUGACUCUGUCGUAUAGAAAUUAAUUGGCCCCCUUUCACUUGACUAUUUAUUACUGGUCAUUGUGUCUGUUGUACUGCUGCUUUAUACUUAAACCUUCUUGUAAUGACGUUUUUGCCACUGAGGCCGAAGAGGCCUUCAAAGGAACCCACCUGUCUGUCUGUCUUUCUGUCUGCUGUAUUCAGUUUAAUUCUGAUUUUUUUUUUUUUU